AUGGCACCUCCCGUAAAGCAGCCAGAGAAGCUGAGAAUAGGUUUCAUACAUCCUGACCUCGGUAUAGGCGGCGCAGAGAGGUUGGUAGUGGACGCUGCUGUAUCAUUGCAGAAUCUAGGCCAUGAAGUGGUGAUGUUCACUUCGAGACAUGAUCCCAAGAGGUGUUUCGAGGAGACAAGGGAUGGUACACUCAAGGUACACGUCUUGGGCUCAUCAAUCCCUCGUUCUCUCACCUCUACUGUUCCAUUAACGAUAGUAUUUUCAAUCCUUCGUUCAUUACUCUUAUCGAUCCUCUUGAUCCUUUCUAUUCAUUGGCCAGAACCAGCUGUAUUCUUUAAUCCGCUCGCACCAUUAAAACCAUUCGACGUAUUUAUAGUAGAUCAACAAUCAGUUUCUAUCCCCCUGAUCAGACUCAUGACAGGUACGAGGGUUGUAUUUUAUUGUCAUUUCCCCGAUAAACUCUUAUCAGGUGGAUGGGAGAUAAAUAUCGAUGAAAAUGAGAAGAAAGUGGAAAGAAAGAAGACAGGAUUGUUAAAGAGGUUAUAUAGAUGGCCUAUUGAUAAGUUGGAGGAAUUCACUACUGGUCAAUCAGAUAUAAUCUUAUCCAACUCGAAUUUUACCUCUGGAGUAUAUUCCAAAGUAUUUCCAUCAUUGGCCAAAAGACCUCCAAGGGUAGUUUAUCCCUGUAUAGAUGUAGAUAAUUACCAAACAUCCACGCAGAAGAAAGGAAAGGGAAAAGGCAAGGAAAAGGUUGAUCCGGAGAUUGUAUUGAUCGCGUCUGAUCGACCAACAUUGCUUUCAUUCAAUCGAUUCGAAGCUAAGAAGAAUGUCGCUCUAGCUAUCAGAAGUUUCGCAAAGCUCAGAGAUGAUGGAUUGGUAUCUGAUGAUGAAUUUGACAAUCUGAGAUUAGUGCUUGGAGGUGGAUACGACAAAGAUGAACUUGAUAACCUCACCACACUCAAAAACCUCGAAACACUAUGUAACGAACUAUCCCUUCGACAUCAUACCAUCUCAUCUACCGAUCCUAUCCCAAUCCCACCAAUGUACAACACUCAAGUUUUGUUCAUCUUGAAUUUCACUAACAAACAAAGAAGUCAUCUAUUGACUUCCUCAAAUACAAGAGGAUUGUUAUAUACUCCUUCGAAUGAACAUUUCGGUAUAGUCCCAUUAGAAGCUAUGUCAUGCGGCAUUCCGGUCCUGGCUGUAAAUUCAGGUGGUCCAACAGAAACUAUCAUAGAUUACGAACAGAACCCUGACGAAGGUACGGGAUUCCUCGAAUCACCUAAUCCAACGGAAUGGUCAAAAGCCCUUUCGGUACUGUUGCAUCUAUCCGACCAAGAUCGCGAAACUAUUUCGAAAUCUGCUAGGAAGAGAGUAGAAGAUAAGUUCAGUUUGAACACUUUGGGUAAAGAGUUGGAAGUAGCUUCGAGGGAUGCUAUUGCCAUGGGAAAUAUAAAUGAGGUGUUAGGUGAUAUCUUGAUUUGGGCAAGUGCGGGGUUGAUUGCGUUUGCGGCUUUGGGUUUGGCGGUAACGAUUUAUGUGUUGAACGAGUAG